AUGGGCAAGCCUCUACAAAGCAGCUACGCGCACAUGAUGAGCAGAACGAGCAGCACUGGAGCCAUGCCAGCGCUGCCCUCAAGUCCAUCGGCUGCACCAUCACAGCCUUCUCAGGCGUCACAGCCGCAGCAUGUUCGACUGCCAGCAGGUACUUUGGGCAUUGUGUCUCAAGUGGCCAUACAGUAUGCGGUGAACCCAUUGAAGGACUCGCGAAUGCAGCCGUCUCCACGCUAUGAAGUACCACAUGAGGCUUCACCAAGGCCUGCGCGGCGAAGGUCCGCGGAACCGCCUUUGGAGGAGCUCCCGCUGCCGGGCAGAGGCUCCAUCGCUGACUUGACCACCUCAGUGUCGCAGGUCUUGCACAAGCCCUCCAUUGGAUUGAAGCGCUCGAUGCACAUGAUGGACGGGCUGCAGACUUUGCGCUGUCUUGGAAGUUCUGGCGAAGAGGCAUCGAGCAGGUCUCCAACACUCUCCCCGCGGUCGGUGGAGGAGACGGCAGAUCCAGCGAGCCCGGUCAACCAGGUUAGCGCGCUGCCCACUGCACCGGACACUACCCCUGUCAGCGUGCGAAGACCAAAAGCAAGCGAUGAGGGUCCCACAGAGGAGGAUCCUUUGCUGCUGGCAGUCCUCAAGGACACGCAGGACACCUCGCAGUCGCUGCUUGUGAAGAUGCAGCGCAUUGAACAGGCGCAAAGCAUGGUGAAGCGUUGCCACGGCACGCGCCACCCCACAAACCUUGUGACGGACCGCGUGCGCUUGGUCAUCGAACGCAAGGCUGCGCUGCUGAAGCAGGUCGAAGAUCGCAUGGCGGAGUUCCAGGCUGUGCAGGCGGACAGUGAGCAGAUUCUACGCAGCAUCGUUGAUCGUGGCUCCGCUGCUCCGGAGGAGCUGCAAGGAGUUCGCCAAUUUGUGCGCAAGUUCACUCACCGUGGCAAUCCUGCAGAGGCGGACCGCAAGAACUUCCGGCUUUUUGCUUCAACAUUCAAACUGCCAGGCCAGCACAAGCUGCUCGAGGCAUUUCAGGACAUCGCAUCGGAAGCUGGUGCUUGGUGGGCGGACAAGGCCUACCAAGAGGCCAUCGCUGGGGCGGGACACAUCCAGAUCAUGCAGCUCAUGGAACUGGCAGUCUCUGUUGGCGCUGAUGAAAAGGAGUCGAUGUUGCUCAGGGCACGAGAUGUUCUCCUACAAAGGCUUCGGCUGAGAAUCUCUGCUUUUGCACAGGAUUGCAUGGAGAAGGAUGAUGCCGCUGAAAAGCGCGCCAAAGAACGCAAUCAGGUUCCCCCCUUGGGUAUGGCGGCUACGAACGCUGAUCGCAUUGAAGCAGAAGUAUUCGAGGCCGUUCGCCUGGGAAUGGACAAGGAAGAUCAGUGCAACUGGGCCCUGGAAGGGAAGUACUGGCUUUGCAAUGGCAUGCGAUGUCUUGCAAACUCUGUGAUCUCAGAAGCUGCCGGGGCGAGGGGGUUUGGAAGCCAUAGCUUCUGUUUACCCGUCAUUGACCUUCAGCUGUGA